UUAGACUUAUAUAUAAACAAUAUGGAAAUAAGAAAAGUCUAGAUAUAUAUAAACAUUAUAUUGCUAAUUAACUUCUGUUUAUAAUGGCGUCCACCAGCACUUUAGCUACGAGUUCUAAUUCCGAUGGAUCUGCUGGGGGUUCCACAAAAAUGCCCAAUAAAAGAGAUUAUGCAGAGUACCUCCCAUUACACAGAGCUAUAAUGAAGAGCGACUGGGACGAAGCCCAAAGAAUUAUCAGCAAAGACAAAGAUGCGUUGACUGCUGAACUUGCUCCUGGAAGAAGCGCACUCCACGUUGCCAUCGCGUUUCAAGUUGGGACGCGUAAAAGUAAUGAUUUUGUGAAGAACCUCCUGAAUGUAAUGGGCUCAGAGUCACUUCCAACUCUGUUGACUAGACCAACACGUUUAAACCCAUUGCACCGUGCUGCGAUAGUUGGCAAUGUGGAGGCUGCAAAAAUGUUGGUGGACAGAAAGCCGGAUUUGUUAUUCAUUCCUGACAACAAGGGAUUCUUGCCUAUUCAUAGAGCUCUAUUCAAUGCUCAACGGAACACCUAUUUAUAUCUGCUUGAUGCCUCCAAAACAAACAUUUUGCUCUCCACAAAAGAUGGAUAUUUGAGUCCCUUCCAGGGCAAAACCGGAGCUAAGCUUCUUACAAAUACGAUUACUUCAGGGUAUAUAGAUGUUGCAUAUGAGCUGGCAAAGGACUACCCACACAUAGCAAGAAUAGAAGAUGAUAGAUCACUUGCCCCAUUAGAAGCUAUUGCCCGAAAAUGGGAUGUGUAUUAUAGUGCAAGGGAUUACAACUUCUACCAGCGAUUUGUGUACCGUUAUGUGCCGCUCAAGAGAAACUUAGGUUACACAAAAAAGAAACAAGAUGUUGAAAAUCAAGAGGCAUAUGAUGACAAGUUUGCAGCGAAAUGCAUAAGGAACAGCCUUUACUCUGUCAUCCACAAGAUUUAUGUUACUGUUUGGGACGUUGUACUACUACGUGUGACGCACAUCAAGCGACUCCAGGAAGAGAAGGUGAACCAUAAAACAGCUUUAAUGUUACUAAAGUGUGUGUGCGAAGAAGUUAGUAAAUUAAACACUUUAAGCGAGAUUCAAGGACACUACCUAUCCGCAGCGAUUUUAGCAGUGAAAAACGAUACUCAUGAAGCAAUAGAAGAAAUCACCGCUUAUUUUCCUCGAGCAUUUACUGUAACAAGCGACGAUUAUAACCUUUCUCAACUUGCAAUAUUGCAUCGUAGUGCAAAAGUUUUCAACUUUUUAGUUAAUGGGGUGUCUCAUAAUGUAUAUGAAAGUAGAUGUACGACGGAUAAGCAGGACUCCAAUCUAUUACACUUGGCUGCAAAAUUGCCACCCAUACAUAAACUCAGUAUUAUUUCUGGUGCCGCUCUACAAAUGCAGAGGGAGUUACAAUGGUUUCGGGCCGUUGAGAACUUUGUCCCACUUGUGCUAAGGGAAAAAAAGGACGAUAAGAAGGAUAAGAGUGAAAAAAAUCAUAAGAAUGAUAAGGAGACACCAAUUAUGAUAUUUAGAAGAGAACACGAGGAUUUGAGAAAAGAAGGUGAAGAGUGGAUGAAAACUACAGCGAAUUCAUACACAAUCACAGCAGCAUUAAUUAUUACAAUUGUUUUCGCGGCUGCCAUUACUGUACCAGGUGGAACUGAUGGUGACACAGGGAAACCAAUUUAUACUUUGAGACCAAGUUUCAUCAUAUUUGCUGUCUCGAAUGCCAUCUCUUUUUUCACAUCAACCACUUCAUUGUUGCUGUUCCUAUCCAUUCUCACAGCACGUUAUCGAGAGGAAGAUUUUCUCUACAAGUUACCUAAGAGAUUAAUACUUGGCCUCAUCAUGUUGUUCUUGUCGGUAACCUCAAUGAUGGUAGCCUUCAGUGCUACAUUUUAUAUAAUGUUUGGACAUGGAAAGGCUUGGGUCGUGAUUCCUGUAGCUGCACUGGCAUGUCUACCAAUUGCUUCAUUCGUUACAUUACAACUCCCAUUGCUUUCUGAUCUCAUUCUCUCAACAUAUGGUCAUGGAAUCUUGCGUAAAUUGGACAUUGAUCGCUAAAGUUUCUGCCAGCAGCGUGUGUUACAUUAUACUAUCGUAAUAAGGCAAUGCGUGUUACAUAUAUCAUGGAGUAGUUGUACCUACAUACAUCUUCUAAUCCUUACAUACUGAACAUUGAAAAAUAAUGUUAGGGUUAAUUGUCUGUAAAGUAU